UAAUUCUGCUUAUCCUCUUUAGACAUUUAUUAGCCGUUUUCGUCGUAUCAUGGACUCCUCUCAGAAUGCCUACAACGAAGACACGUCAGCUCUGGUGGCUCGGCUGGAUGAAUUGGAGCGAGCCUUAUUUCGAGCUGGCCAGAAGGGGCUGAAUGACUUCCAGUGCUGGGAAAAGGGACAGGCUUCUCAAAUCACAGCUUCCAGUCUGGUCCAGAAUUACGGGAAAAGAAAGUUCACGGAUAUGGAUGGUUAA